GAGUCACGCAGCGGACGCGCGCCGCCACAACCCGGCGCGCGCAUACACACACGAACAUCAAAAACAUUUGUUUCAUACAAACUUUUUACCGGUGUAUUAUUAACUGUGUUUGACUGUUUUGUACGGAGGUUUGAGUGCACUUUGAGUGACUUGGGGACGUGAUAGGAUUUGGCGGGAGUCUGGAGGGAAAGUGGCAGGACGGAGGCGCGAGCGCGCCCUCUUUUACAUAAUCGUUGAUAACUGGAGCUUUCGUAAUUGUUGCGUGAUAACAGUGGAGUAAUAACGGUAGCCGUGCCUCCCAAAGAAUGAGGAAUAAGCAACGAUGCUGGAAACGCUGCUUUGGCCCCGACACACAGAAAUCAACAGGAUGACCUUCGCCUUGGCGCUGGUGGUGGUGUGGUGGGCGGUCGGCGUGCGCGCCGGCGAGCCGGUGUUUGACCCCAGCACCCUGAUGCGACUGGUCCUCGUCCCGGCUGACGUCCCCGUUGGCUCCGUCAUCUACCGCGUCCGCGCCUCCGACCCUGACUUCGAUUAUCCACUGCACUUCGAACUUAUUGGUCAAAUGGGUCGCCUAGACAUCGGUGUGGAGACUCUUCCUUGCACUCGCUACAACUCAGUGUGCCAAGCUAACAUCAUUCUGUUGAGGCGGUUGGAACCUGGUCGCUACGUGGACUUCAGGCUAUCAGUUCGUAACACCAGGGGGCGAAGCUCCCGGAUUGCAUGUUCCGUCACAGGGACCAAUGCUACGACGCCCAGGGAUACCAUUUUUCCACACCAACCUGGCAUUAUUCUAGUGCCUGAGGAUGCCAAACGUGGAACUGAUCUUGAGAUUGUGAUUGCAAGAAAAAACCCUGUGUCACCGAAGCCUUUGGAACUCGAACUUUGGGGGUCACCGCUCUUCGCAAUCCGGCAACGCCGCGUAUCAGCUGAGAACACUGAGGGAACCAUAUUCCUAGUAGGACCUCUUGACUUCGAGGCCCAAUCUAUGUACCAUUUGACACUACUGGCUGUGGAUCCCUACAUAGAAAUAGGCAAAGAUACGCGCAACAUCGCUGGUUUGGAAGUGGUGGUGGUCGUUCAAGAUGUGCAGGACAUGCCACCAGUGUUCACCUCUGCUCCUCCAAUCACCCACCUUCCAAGGCAGGUGGCACCAGGAGAUAUGGUGGUUAGGGUCAGGGCUGAGGAUGGGGACAAAGGAGCUCCCAGACAGAUCAGAUAUGGACUAGUGUCUGAGGGCAACCCGUUUACGCCAUUCUUCAACAUCAAUGAAACUACGGGGGAGGUGACCUUAGAACGGCCAAUUGAGGAGAUUGCAGCGAUCUCUCACGCUGGUGCCCCAAUACUCCUCACGGUGGUAGCUGAGGAAGUGAGGUUGUCACGCGAGGAACCCGAAGCUAUGUCCUCAACUGUACAACUCGCCUUCAUACUGCCUGAACGAGAAAACUCACCGCCGUACUUUGAGAAUCAGUUCUACAUCACAUACUUAGACGAGAACGCUCCUCAAGGCACAGCGCUGACGUUCAGUGAUCCAUACAUACCACAAGUCAAUGACAACGACGCUGGCAAGAAUGGUGUGUUUUCUCUCUCGUUGGUCGGCAACAAUGGAACCUUCGAGAUCUCGCCAACCGUCGCCGAGAGACACGCCCAAUUCAUCAUCAAAGUGCGGGACAACACCAUGCUUGAUUUCGAAGCUAGGAAGUCUGUUAUAUUUCAGAUUCUGGCUCAAGAGCUGGGUCCUGCAACGAAUCUGUCAGCGACAGCGAACGUGACAGUAUACCUCAAUGACGUCAAUGAUAACCCGCCAAUAUUCCUGGCGCAAUCGUAUGACGUGGAAAUACCAGAGAACGUCACAGCCGGUACCAAAGUCGUACAAGUCGCAGCAGAUGACGUCGAUACCGGCGCGUUCGGCAAAAUACAGUUCACUGCCAUAUUAGGAUACCUCAACACUUCCCUUCACCUGGAUCCUUUAUCGGGAGUCAUAACUGUCGCCACAAACAAUCAUGGCUUCGAUCGCGAAGCUAUGCCAGACCUGCAUUUCUUAGUAGAGGCUAGAGAUAAUGAUGGAGUAGGUUUAAGAGUAACAGUGCCAUUAAUUAUUAAGUUGCUAGAUGUAAAUGAUAACCCACCAGAGUUUGAGAGGUCGCUUUACGAGUUUGUGCUGUCGCCGAGUCUGAAUAAUUUCACUUCGGCAGCAUUCGUGAAGGCAGUUGACAGAGAUUCCGAACCACCAAAUAAUAUAGUCAGAUAUGAAAUAAUACAGGGAAAUGGAGAUGGAAAAUUCGCAAUCAAUGAAGAGACAGGUGAACUGUAUCUUCUAGAAGCGUUGAAAAGAACAAAGAAACAAAACGUUCACAGACGAAGACGUCAAUCUGAUGAUCAAGAAGAAAGCGAAGUAUUUGUUCUCACAAUCAGAGCUUACGAUCUAGGUGUUCCUAGAUUGUCUUCUACAACAGUAGUGAAAAUAUAUCCUCCAGAAAGUAAGACUAGGACAAUGUCCUUCAUAGUACCUGGUGCUAAUCCUGAUAAGAAGAAAUUAGAAGAGGUACUAAGUACGCUUUCUGGAGGCAAAGUAUCGAUCAUUGAUAUCAAGCCUUAUAAAGGUGGUUAUAAUGGUGCAACAGAUUUGAACGGUCAGGAAUCUAGUCAAGAAAAGAGUGAAGUGAUCGCUGUAGUGCGUAUGACCGGUAAUACUGCCAUUAACGUAGCCAAACUUCAAGAACAAUUGGCAAAGAAUGUCACAAUAUAUACGACAGGCACCAACUCUGGUGGUGUCAUUAACCCUGGAUCAGGAACAGGAUCAGAAUCGGGGUCAGGAAAAUCUGAUCAGACAGCUGAUAGCAACGAUUCUGGUCUAUACAGAGCAGAAAGCAGACUUCUGUUCUGGUUACUAAUAUUGCUGGCGAUAUUGGUAGCCAUAAUACUGUUACUUCUUAUAUGCUGCUGCAUAUGCGAAGGCUGUCCACUUUAUAUGCCUCCAAGGAAAAGAGUGAUACGUGUCAACUCCACAGAGGACGACGUGCAUUUAGUGGUGCGCGACAAGGGACUUGGGAGGGAAAACAAGUCGACGCAAAAUUUAGAAAAUAAGUCCAUACAAGCUAAUGAGUGGAGGAGGCGCGAGGCAUGGAGUGCCGAACAGGCAGACUUGAGGACGAAACCGACCCAGUGGAAGUUCAAUAAACGCAACCACAGAUCCAAUAAAGAGCCAUCUAAACCAGCUUCAACGCCAGGAGACAUUCAUCAAGAAUUCGUACACACGGCUGCUGACAAUGAUUAUAGAUAUAACGACAAUCGACAAUCUUUCCGCAGAGACGGGCCCAACAUUAUUUACACGAAAGAGAUGCAACUACAAGAAGCUUUUGCUAAUAAACACAAAGAAUACAUCGAAGACCUAGAAAAUGGUUACGAUAGAAUAGCUACACUUCAUUAUCAACGCAGAGAACAAGACAACGAUUCCAUUCGAAGACAUGAAAUAGAUCGCGGUUCUGAAGUCGGAGUCUUCCUUAAGUCUGAUGCUGAUAAGAACAUACACGAUAAGACUGAUAAAACUAAACGUGAAUAUCCAGAGAAACUGCGCGCCCCAUCUUCUCAAGGCAGGGAUCAAUAUUUUAUUAAAGAAGGAAAUACAGAAAUAUUAAGAUUAGUAACUAGAGGUAAGAAUGAGGAAGAACGUUAUGUUAAUUUACCUGUUCCACAACAACGACCAGUUACGCUUAUACCACAUACACAAUACGUUGUAGUUGAUAGUGGGAAAAACUUGCUAAUGGAAAGGUUUAUAAGAGAACAGGGAGAAGAAGCAAAAAACAUUAGAGAUCGGAUGAGUAAAGUCACUGAUUUAGAUAACAUAUCGAAUGGAAAAGAUGCGAAGAGCUAUGGACAAAGGUCACAAGUAGGAAGUGACGUUCCGAAUCAAUUCAAUGAGUAUACUAACCUUCAGCCUGAAGUACCAGGUACGGUACCGCUGAAAGCAGACUACUUACAAUCUGCAUUAUUAGAAAUGCAAAACAAGUCAACUAUUCAUCAAGAGUUACUAGAAUCAUCACUCAGAAAACAAAAUGAACUUUUACACCAAAUAUUAAUUGAACGAGAAAGGAUGUUACAAAAUCAUGAAACCGCUUCUCAAGUCGAGAGUAAGCUAGAAACCCAGAGCUUGCCUGGACAUUCCGUUAUGGCAACUCAAACAGAAUGUCAUAUUGGCACACAAACUGAACCACAGCUUAUGAAACCAACUCGAAGAAAAGCAAGAAGUGACAACGAUUCAUACAGUGAAGAUGAAUCAGAAAUGGUAGUCGAAGAUGAAACUAAAAAAGUAGCGUGGGUGAAAAAGAAAAAGCCUAAGAAAAAAUUAAAACACAAAGAUCCUAGAAGAAGCAUGCGAGUAUACGAUUUAAGUAGAAAAAUAAAAACGCCAAUCCUCGAAGAAAGUGAAGUCUCUCCUUCAUUGGAAAGCGAAAAGCAUGUAAAAAUAAGUAAAACCAAUGAGAGAGAAGAACACAUUAGGAAUUACGGCGACAUGACAAAAAGUACAGUCACCACUUCUAAGAAUGAAACUGUGUCUUCUACUCAGAUAAAAAUUUCAGAUAGUGACCGAAAGUCAAGACUCAGAAGAGACGUUUUAAUGGAGAUUUCUGAUUCAUUGGAUGAAAAAGUGGAAUCUGAUUUCGGUGAAAGAAGGUUGAGAUUACAGAAACAAUUCUCUGUGACCACUGAUGAUAUGCCAUUGAAAAGUCCUCUUGCCAUUGAACAUGAAAGUAAUGACAGUAAAAGUAGAAGCAGCUCGGCUUCCAAAGACAAUCGAAAUUUAGUAUUUUCUAGACAGGGUUCAUCAACGGAAGCACGAGAAAUAGCAGCUGAACACUCCUCGACAAAAUUAUCAGAUGUAGAUGCACAUUCAAUUAAAUUAGAUAGUUCAAGUAACGUAGAACCCAAUAGCAAAAGAGGUAACGAAGCUAGUGAGUCAACAAAAUCAUCAGAAAGUGCAAAACCAACACAAAAAAGUUUGCCUCGUUACAUGCAGUGGUAUGGUAAGAAAUCAACUGCUGCUAAACCCCCACCUGCUGAAAAAGUGGUGCCCAAUAAACCAAAACGUCCAUCUAAAACAAAAAACGAAGACGAUAAAGACAAAGCAGGUCGAUAUGGAAAAAUUAUGAGCAAAGACACUCAAGGCGAUUCAGAGGUAAAAAAAAACUUCAAAUCAAAAGAAAAUGAGUUCAUUCAUCCACGAAUACUGAAAGAAGAAAAGGUGACUCCUGUACCAGAAGGUCCUUUACCAGAUGUUCAUCCAUUACUUCAACAUUCUGAACACAGGUAUGAACAUCAAUAUGAAAAUCAAAAUCCAUUGUGUUACAUUCAGCCUACGCAUAUUCCAAAAUAUUUAGGACAGCAACCGAUGCCACGAAAAUUGGCACCAGAACAACAACCUAUUUAUGUAAAUCAAGACGAUGUCAAAGAACCUAAACAGGAUAUCAUGGAAAGUGCGUUGACACACAGUAUAUCGAUAUCUACAAGCUAUGAAGAAGACCGCAAAAAUCCAGAAGUGCACGUGUCUAAGAUAAAUAUAGGUGGUGAUAAUGUGCCUGAUAUAACUCAUAGAACAAAGAUAGAUGAUAAUGAUUCAGGUAUUGCUAUGAAUACGUUGGUACAACAGAACAAUAUGAAGAGAUUGCCAAUAACAGAGAAGAAAAGUGUGUUCACGAUCGCGUACGACGAUGUUCAGACCAAACAGUUACGACCAGACAGUAGUUCUACAUCUUAUUAAAUUAAUUCACUUUUUACAUAAAACCUGUAUCCGUCGAUUGAGUGCCUUAAAAUCAUUGUAAAUUUAGGAUAGUCUCAAAGAACUAAUGCCUUAAUACUUAAAUGGCUCAAAAUGAUCAGAUAUUAAUUUAAUGUAGAUAGUUCUGUGUAAAAUGAUAUAGAUGGCAUGAUACUCAACUACUACGUAAGCGUUUCAGUAUUCAGGCGUUAGCCAGUAAUCCGUCCAAUGUUAAAAGUAUUAAAUUAUUUGAUAAAGAGUUAAAAGUACUUUACGCUGAAGUUUUGAAUACCAUUUUAGCUAAGAUUCAAAUACUUAGAGUAAAUUAGAUUAAGCUAGUUUCGUUAUACGUAUAGGAUUUUAGCUAAAAUGUAGAUAUUCGAAGAGAAAUCAGCGGACUUGUACUGUAAGUAAAACUUGAUACAACUGCCUUUGUUUAUUGACUGGUUUAUGAAGUAAUUUUAGAAUAUUUUCCUAUAAUAUUGUACAUAGGUCACACGUUGAGUAAUUAGAUGAUAUUUAAAUUAAUUGUAGCUUUAAUAAUGUCUCUUUGUAAAUAUUAUUUCUGUAAAACCUUACAAUGCAUUCUGAUACAGUGUGCAGUUCUAUAUUUGUUAUAAAAUAUAAAGUUAUAUAUUACA